AGACAAGAAAAACAGACAGACAUUUAAACAACGUCACUUCCGGUCAGGUAGGCGUGUCUUAAACUGUCACCGAACAGGAGAAUAACAAAAACAAACAGCACAUCGAGGGGGUUGUCGGGGACGGGACGGCACCAUGGAGUCGUCCUCUGAUGAGGAGGAGGUGCGCACCUUCAUCCAAGUCCUCAGCGAGAAAUACAGCCCGGAGAACUUCCCUUACGGCCAGGGAGUCGUGGUUAUGCCGAGCCCGCCAGGGUCCCCCGUCAAAGAUCGCCUGUACUUGCCGAACAUACUGGUCCUGAGUGACUCUGGAAUCGGUAAAGCCGGCGAGAGGUCGGACAUCGCAGCUUUCUGUGCCCAUGUGGUGGAGCUGGACCUGUCCCACAAUCAACUCAACGACUGGGCGGAGAUCUGCGACAUUGUUUCCAACAUCCCAAACCUGGACUUCCUCAAUCUGAGCAUGAACCCGCUGAGUGGCAUAGAGCUGGAGCCCAGCAUGGCCGAGGUGUUCCCCAGGGUCCGACAACUUGUCCUCAUUAACACGCACGUCAGCUGGGAAACGGUGCACAAACUCACACAGAAUGCACCGGAGCUGGAGGAGCUCUUCCUGUGCCUGAAUGGCUACAACACCGUGUCCGAGUCCCAGACCUCCUGCCCGUCUCUCCGCCUGCUGCAGAUCACAGACAACCAGCUGGAGGCGUGGGCGGAGGUGCGGAAGUUCGGGCAGAUGUACCCGAGUCUGAGAACGCUGGUUCUGGCCAACAACAGCGUGGACUCUGUGGGCGACUCCCACGACGCGCUGCAGCAGCUCUUUCCCAACCUGCGCAGCAUCAACCUCAACAACUCAGGGCUCAGUCGGUGGGAGGACAUCGAGAGGCUGAACUUCUUCCCGAAGCUGGAGGAGGUCAAAGCGAAGGGGAUUCCUUUGUUGGAGUCUUACACCACCCACGACAGACGCAGCCUGCUUCUGGCACAGCUGCCAUCUGUCAAGCGGCUGAACGGCAGUUUGGUGACAACCGGAGAGAGGGAGGACGCUGAGAGGCUCUUCAUCCGUUACUACCAGGAAAACCCGCAGCAGCAACUUCCCGAGAGGUACCACGUCCUUGUAUCCAAGUAUGGUGAAUUGGCCCCGCUGGCGGAGGUGGACCUGAGGCCCCGGCGCACCACGGUGGACGUUCGCUGGGGCGACCGGGUGGAGGCCGUUGCCCUCCGCCUGGAGCAGACGGUGGGCGACCUCAAGAAGCACCUGCGGGCUCUGCUGCAGCUGCCCGCCAACGGCGUCCGGCUCUUCUACAUCAACCGGGAGAUGAGCUCGGUCGUGGGGCCCGAGGAGAUGAGGUGCGGCAGCCGGGCCCUCCAUUCCUACAGCAUUCGAGACGGGGACGAGAUCCUCGUUGUGCCCAAAGUCAAAAGUCGCUGCGGCUCCUCCAACGUGUGAGUCGAGGCGGCUUCAGGACUGUUGGACGAAUACAAAAGACUCAAGCCUUAUUCUUUUUUUCUUUUUUUUCAUUGAAAGAAAAAGGUGAAUUUGUUGGGCCUCGAAUGUAGAGAUGAUUGCUGUCCACCACACUGAACAUAUCUAUACUAUUAGAUUUGUCUUUUGGUUCAUAGGAGCUCACAUUCACAAAGCUUGUAUCUUUAGAGUGGCACAUUUCUGUGUUGCUUGAGGCAAGACUGCAGUUUAAAUCUCAAUUACUAUGUUUAUGAUAAACCAAACAUGAUACCGAAAUAUCAAAUAGAAACCAUAAUUACCACCUGAAUGCACAAUUUGCACAUUCACCUGAACACAAAAUCUAUUUUAUAUAUUUGCAGUCUCUCUAUAAUUAGAUCUUAGAUUUUAUGAUGGAAAACCUAUAAGUAAUUAUUUGAAGAGUAUGAUUAUAGACACAUUCUGAUGGAAAUUAUGUUUUUAAAAUGCCAUCGGCUGUGUGCUUACGACCUGCACUGCUCAUUGUGCUCUCAAAAUGCCUUGCCUGGAUUUUCUGCAUCAUAAUCAGCAGCUCUACGAUGCUUUCACCCUGUUCUUACUUUCUUUUUGUUUUGUAGGAGUAGAAGAGUCUGAAGCUUCUUUAUCGUGCACAGUGCAAUUGUUUUGUUUCUGGGAGAGUGGGGUAGUUUAGGGUGUUAUUUUAAUAGAUGUUUAGGGUGAAAUUCAAUCAUUCAAUCUCCUAUAAAGCCCAAACGAUAAAUGCUAAUUAUGCAGCAGCCAAGUCGACCUGAUGUAUGUUUCAUUUUGAUUUGUAUGAUCAUGAAGGGCUCAAAGAGGCUGAAUUUCUCCUGGUCUUUAUCAAGGCACACUGGAUUUGUCGGUGUCAAUGUUCUCUGCCAAGUAGCCUUUGGAAGUAGCACAAAUAACUUCCCCCGCUUCUUCCCAUCGCUGGGCUCCCUCUCUUUCCACGUGAGCCGUGAUAGCGGUGAAAUACCCUUGGAUAAACCCGUGUGUUGUGGAUACCGCGGUGGCCAUCGGAUGCUGCUGCUCAGUCGAGACGCCCCGGCAGAAAGACGAGACAAAGUCCUCGGUGAGGUCCGGGACGGAGGCAAGAAGGAGCACCGGCGCUCAAGUUACCGCCGGUCUUCUGGCCCCUCUUUGUGGGGGCGGCUGAGAAGCGUUGAGGCCCUGUGUGUGUGUGUGUGUGUGUGUGUGUGUGUGUGUGUGUGUGUGUGGUAACCACACACCAGCCGCUGUGUCACGGACACUUCCGCUGCACCUCGGUCAGGGCGGCUUCUCGGCCCUCACCCGGUGACCUCGGUCUCUCUCCUCCACGUCCGUCUUACGAACCCGACACUCCCGGCGUCUGCCAUUUCACGGGACGGGGGGUCUUGGACCAUUCCCGUGAGCGGGGGUUGUCUUCCGAAUUGUUGAUCAGAGAGUGGACAGCAAAAAGGGACGACUGCAUUAAUUCAUCUUCUGACCUGAAACGUGUUCUACCUGAAACUGCCCACAUGGGAAUAGUGAACUGCCGCUCAGUCUGCAAUCCCUGAAUUUCCUAAAUUUAAAUAAGGUUCUUCUUCAACUGAAUUGAGUAAAUUUCCAUUUUGCAGAAUGAGUACAGUACGUGGGCGAGUGCAGCAUCCCUCAUGAAGGUGUUUCACGUGCUGCUGCCGUAGGGUGCUUUGGCAGCGGCCUCACAACGCUGAUCUUCAUCGCCAAUCCCUUUUUUAAAGUAAAUAACGUUGUCAUGUGUUCAAAUGUAAUCUUGUAAAGUUUUUGAUGAGAUACUUGCAUCAUACAGCUGUUUGAAGGAUGUGUCGUCACAGCAACGUGUGAGAAGGUAUAUUGGCUGACACGUCAUUUCAGGUAUGGGGAUUGGUAGAAAAUCUCUAGUGCGUAUUUGGGAAAAAAUGGGAUGGGUAUAAAAGGCUUUAUUUUUUGGUGAUUUGCACGAGAUAUUUGUUGAUAUUUUUUAUUUAAAUUGUAUACGGAGAUAUUUUGCUUGUAAUUUGUAAUUGUGAUGCUUUUAAAGUAUGAUCUGGUCUCCAGUCACCCUAACUUCUAAUUCUAACUUCUAACUUCUUCUAGUAAUUCCAAAUACAGAGAUUUAAAAGUUAGUUGCGUAUCUACAAUACAGCUUGCCUUGUCUUAUUUUAAAUGUAUCAUGUUUGCUUCCUGCUGUUUCUCAAAUGUGUAUCUACAUAUUUCUAAAGGUAAAUUCCUGUUUCUUGAGAUUGUCCUGUCAUAUGUAAUGACAUGUAAUGGAAACCAUUUUACUUCUCUUUAAAAAAUAAAGCUUAUUCUUGUGCAAAAUUUG